AAGUAAGUGCAAAAGUACGUCGUCCGCCCUUGUUGCUUUUCCUGUGACGUCGCUGCCACCGUGGAACACGAACAGACGCCAUGGAUUUCACAGCGCCCCCGGAGGGGUCUCUUUCGACGAAGCGUAAAUUCGCGCCUACUGGAGGGAGGAAGAAAGGAGGGGGAGGAGGAGGAGAAGUUGGCGUGACAGUGAGCAACGUGAAGAAGGAAGAGAAGCCGGUAGCUAAGCUGCAGCAAGAAGAUGGGAAGGAGAAGGAGGAAGAUCUGAAGAAGUCGGACACUAUGGACACGUCGACGAACGGCGCUGUGGUGGUUGAGGUGAAGAAGGAGGGCGGGGUAGACGCGAUGGCUGUGGAUGUGAAGCCCGACGUGGACGUGAAGCCCGAUGUUGAGGGCCUGCAUCGAAAGCUGUUGGUGAAAGAAGAGAUCGUCGAAGAUGUCAAGCCGGCACGUCAGGACGAUGGUGAUGGGAAGAAGAAACCUGCCAUAGCUCCCAUUGGAAAUGACGACGACAUUGCGAAUCUCAAGGCGAAAGCCAUGGUCGCCGCAGCUCACGAAGCAGCAAAUAUGCCCGACACUGAGUUUGAAAAACGCUUGUUUGAUCCAGAGAAAAUAUCUCUGCCACUGAAAAAUCCGGUGGACAAGUUCGAGCUCCUGCCUGCUUUCUUAAAGGUCAGAGGGUUAGUGAAACAACAUAUCGACUCGUUCAAUUAUCUCAUCAACUGCGAAAUCAAGAAAAUUGUGCAUGCAAAAGAAAAUGAGCGGGUCACAUGCGACACAGAUCCGAACUUUUACUUGAAGUUCACAGACAUUUUUGUAGGGAAGCCUUGUGUGGAGGAGGACUACAUCGUCGAAGACAUUAAUCCUCAGCAAUGUAGGCUGCGCGAUAUGACGUAUGCAGCACCCAUAACAGUGGAUGUGGAGUACACAAGGGGCAAGGAAAUAGUGGUGCGCAAAGGUAAAAAUGGGCAGGGCGCAAUUGUGAUUGGACGGAUGCCUCUUAUGCUUCGUAGCGCACGCUGUGUACUGGCUGGCAAAAGUGAGGCUGAACUUGCCAAAUUAGGGGAAUGCCCACUUGAUCCAGGAGGCUAUUUUGUUGUUAAAGGUGUAGAGAAGGAGGAGGAGGAGGAGGAGGAGGAGGAGGAGGAGGAGAAGAAGAAAAGGAGUAAAGGAGGAGGAGGAGAGGAGAAGAAGACGAAAGGAGGAGGAGGAGGAGGAGAGGAAGAAGGAGAAGAAGAGGAAGGAAGGAGGUGGACGCGGAUUCACCACGAUGGCUACAGCAGCUUGACGGGCAGCGAAGAUGGGGAGGGCUGCUCGACGGGGCAGCUCGACGGGGAGUGACGACGGCAGCUCGACGAAGACGGGCGGGCUUCGAGACGG